AUGGAAUACCAAUCUGAAAUAAUUCAAGGUUUACAAUCAAUUCUAUAUUUCAAGUGCAAAAUGUGUAAUAUAGUGUCAAAAUUGUAUACCGCUAAUAUUUCGAAUAUCCAGUCCAUAUCAGUCAAUAAAUCAGUUGUAAAUGCAUGUCAAGCUAUAGGAAUUGGACAUACUCAGUUGAACGAAUUCACAGCAUUUUUAGAACUACCAUCAUUGUCAUGUAGUAGUUAUGUUAAAACACAGGCUUCUAUAGCCGAAAUUGUUCACGAUACUGCAUGGGAAGAAAUGAAAAAGGCUGGCGAGGAAGAAAAGAGAAUAGCUUUAGACUGUGGUGAUAUAGAUGUUGAUGGUAUUCCUAUGAUUACCAGUAGUUGCGGAUGGACAAAGGUCCAAACGGAGCUAUAA